AUGUCUUCAGCAGAUUUUGAAAACAUCAACUAUGCCAAGAUUUUCGGUUUCAAUUCCGUUGCGGCAGCGGCAGUCUUUGCGGCUUUAUAUACCCUUCUUUUCUGCUUCUAUCUUUUCAAGGUUAUUCGAGAGCGAAGAGGAAUUUUGAUCGCUCUCCUUGCCUUCUGUCUCUUUCGUAUCGUCGGGUUCAUCAUGCGUGCUAUAGCCUCAAAUAACACGAAAAUUGGAGAGAAUCCGGGAUAUGUCGUUGCAACCGAGACGUUUUUCUCAAUCGGAUUCUUUGGUUUACUCUUUUGUGCCUUUCUUUUGGUCGUUGCGAGACUAGAGUUAUGCGCUACGAAACCGUCUACUAGUCCUUUCAUUAGGACUUUGUUGGGUUUCACCAGGAGUCCUCGAGUUUUCCGGCUGUGUCUCCUGGCUCCUAUGGCGCUCGGGAUUGCAGGUCUUGAUGAAAGCGUCGAUAAUCCUGAAGAGAGUCUGGGACUGGAAUUACGGAAAGCCAGCGCAGCUCUGUUUUUAGUCCUCACUUUCUUCCAAGUCGUUCAAACUGGGGUACUUAUCAAAUCCGAGUACGAAGACAAAAAUUCGCUCAAAUACGUUUCACCUUCUUUCGGUGGUAGACAUGCAUCCUGGAUCUUUGGAGGUAUCUCGAUUCUCUUGCUCAUCCGGGAGAUAUUCACCACGGCGACGAUCAAUACCUUCCCAAGGGCUAACAACGAGCAUUAUUGGUACCCCCUCGUCGCAGUCCCGGAGAUUUUGUGUGUAAUCCUUUACAUGAUUCCGGGUGUAGUCCCUCCCAAGGUUCGAGCAAAAUUGGAUUCAUCAGAUGUGGAGGAGUCUUUGCCUAUGGGAUCGAAGUAG